CGGCGUCGGCCCCGCCCCCUCGCGGACCUCCCGGCCGUUCAGGUGCCUCUCGCGCGCAGAGGCCCGCGAGGUCACCGGCCGACGCGACCGAGUCCCACAGGCAACCCGGCGCUUCGGCGAGCGCUCGCUUCGCCCCGCGUGAGGCGAUGGGGGCCGCGUCCCUUCCAGCGGCAGCAGCGGGACAGCGAGGAGGAGUAAGAAAUUUAGAGGCAAUCUGGAAUCAAGAUUAAAAGAAUUGAGAUGUUUUGCCGUUGGGGGACUGUGAGGAGGUUAUGUCUCAAUAAAUUACCAUUGCAGCAUGUUAUCCAAGCAAGAGCUUUAUCAGGGGCUGAUGCUGUCAAUGCUCUGCGGCCAUUCUAUUUUGCAGUCCAUCCAGAUUUCUUUGGCCAGCAUCCCAGAGAAAGGGAGAUCAAUGAAAAUUCUUUGAAGAGAUUAAAUGGUUAUUUGGAGAAUCUCCAAAAACCGGGUUUCAGGUCUUUAAAACCAACUCGGCUCACUUUUUAUGUACGCGAGAAAGAACAAAAUCCUUCCAAUGUUCAAGAACCGUUUGGCUCCUCAGGAUUUCGAGCAGUCAGUUUCACCUUGCGCACCAGGGACCUACUAAGCACAGUACUGGACAUCCUGAACUCCUGUAACUUAUCUACGGAGCAUGUCCAAAUCUUGAAUGGCAAAGUGGCAACUCCGUCUAACCAGUCAGCAGAAAGAAUCUUCCACAGGCCUAUCAAAUGGGACAAGACUUACUACUCUUUUACUGGAUUCAAGGAUCCUGAGGAAGAACUUGAACAGGCUCAAAGGAUGGAAACUACACUAAGUUCUUGGUUAGAUAGUAAUGAACAAAGUGCAGAAAAGAAGCUGAAGAAUAGCUUACCACUCAGGAAAGAGCUAGACCGUUUGAAAGGUGAACUUUCUCAUCAGCUGCAGCUCUCUGAUAUCAGAUGGCAGAGGAGUUGGGGUAUUGCCCAUCGGUGCAGCCAGCUACAUAGUCUAAGUCGGUUAGCUCAACAAAGCCCAGAAGCGCUAAGGAAUGCUAAAGGCCGCACAGUGAUAUUUACAGACCGUUCAGGCAUGAGCGCAACAGGCCAUGUUAUGCUAGGAACUAUGGAUGUUCACCACCACUGGACCAAAAUUUUUGAGAGAUUGCCAAGCUACUCUGCACUUCAGAAAAAAGUGCUGCUUUUGGAGGACCGCAUAAGCCAUAUUUUGGGAGGCAUACAAGUAGGAUACAUUGAAGAGCUUCAACCAAUGCUGAUGCUUGAAGAGUAUUACUCUGUCCUGGACAGCUUUUACAAUCGAGUGCGUAACAGCAGGCUCCCAUUUCACCCUCACAGCCUGCGUGGGUUGCAAAUGAUUCUAGAAAGUGACAGCUAUGCACCAUAUCUGCAUGAACUAGGGCACUUCAUCAUCCCAACAACCUGUGAUCCAGCAGCACUCCAGUGGUUUAUGAUCACUAAAGCACAACAAGCACGAGAGAAACUGAAAAGAAAGGAAGAGUCAAUGGUGUUAGAGAAGAAACUGAUCAAGGCUUCAGCUGAGAAAUUUCGUCUCCAAAGGCUGUACAAAGAACCCAGCGUUUCCUGCGUACAGAUGAUCCAUUCUUGCAAUAGACUGCUGGAGGGGGAGUUGCUUCCCAACUUGCAAGGCAUGCAUCUCUGCAUUUCUCAUUUCUAUUCUGUGAUGCAGGAUGGAGACCUCUGUAUUCCUUGGAACUGGAAACACUGA